UACUUUGGGGUGUACAUGAUGACUUUAACUUGAUAUUGGUUUCUUGCAGAAUGUGACGGUGGGAUGUACGGCGCAGGCUGCACACAGAGUUGCGUCCCCUGUCUACACAACAAACAGUGUCACCAUAUUAAUGGCACGUGUUUGAAUGGCUGUUCUUCCGGGUAUCAGGGAUGGAACUGCAAGGAGAAAUGCCCCAGUGGAUAUUUCGGUAUCAAUUGUGAGAACAGGUGUACCGUGUACUGUGGUAGCAAUGGAAGUUGUGAUCAGGUCACCGGAAUUUGUGAGAGCGGAUGCAAGGAGGGGUGGAGCGGGCCUCUCUGUGGUACAGAGCUAUCAUUCCGCGCUACAACUUGUACAGAUGACAACACCGCCAUCAUCAUAAGUCUUGUAGUAUCUAUUAUCAUAGUGCUCAUCGGAAGUGUCAUCAACUUCCUGAUGUGGAAGAGAAAUCAACCAGGAAACGCAAAGAAAGGAGAAAACUGUACAAGUGAAACAAGGAGUGCUCACAACUCAGAUAUACCAAGCGGUUCAAAUCGGGUUGGAUCCCCGUAUGCAGAACUGGGAGACCUUGCCAAACCGAACACGUAUGAGGAACUUCACCAUCAUACCGAAUCUACCGGGAAAGUCUAAGACGAGUUAUUUGUACUGCAGUUAUUUCCACCGUACUUAGUUUUCUAUGAUGAACUUUCACAUAGAACGUAGCCGGAAAAGUCUAAGACGAAGAUAUAUAUUAUUUUUACUGCAUUUAUUUCCACCGUAUUUAGUUUUCCAUGAUGAACCUUCACAUAGAAUGCAGUACAUUUUUGACGUCGAACGUCCAAUGCAUUUCAUUUCGUUGUCCACAACGCUGACCGUUGAUGAGUGUGUUGUUAUUUUGAAUGCAAUCUAAUGUCUCAAUGAUUUAUGAACAUAUGACGGGAGUACGUGGGAUAAAACUGUUGAAUAAUUACUUAUAUCUUACAUGAACGGUGUGAACCUGUCUUUAUAUAUUUUGAAUGUAUAUAUAUAUAUAUAUAUAUAUAUAUAUUGUUGUAUUAUCAUUGGCGCCCUAGCGAUUAUAGCCCAUGUCAAAAUGACCGUGAUUAACUGAGAACUCACGGGAAAACAUGAUAAAUUGUAAUUGUAUGUAUUGAAAUCUAUCAAUGUUAUUUUCAUUAAUUUAUUGAAUCAUAGAAGUACUUGCGGUUUUGGCGAAAUUCUGCCAAGUUUUUAUGGGGAAAAAUUAGUUUGCGUUGCAGAUAUUUUCUUCUUUAAUUUUUAAAAGAGUAACUCAUACAGGUAGUUACUCUCAAACACAUAUGGAAAUCAACUCAUAUAUACGCAUGCGUAUUACAUAAUCAAAUAAAGUAAGGGUCAUGAAGCAA